GGGGGAGGGAGAGGGGCCGGGCUGAGGAGGGGCGGCCCAGGAGCUGCCGGGCUGAGGGACUGAGGGGCUGCCGGGCUCCGUGGUGCUGCGAGGCUCCGUGGUGCUGAGGUACCGGGCGCUGUUGCUUUGCGGGGCUGAGGUCCGGAGAUCCGGAGGUGUCGAGGCGCUGCGGCCCAGCGUUGUGGAGGCGGCCGGCCGGCGGGCAGCAGGAAGGCUGGCUCGCUGCAGGAGGCGGCUGCGCCGGUGGCUCCCCGCGUUCCUGGCCUUGGGCUGCUGGGCGCCCCACGCCAUGUUCUCGGUGCUGUCCUAUGGCAGGCUGGUGGCACGGGCGGUGCUGGGCGGCCUCUCGCAGACAGACACCCGUGACUACAGUUUGGUGACGGCCAGCUGCGGCUUUGGCAAAGAUUUCCGCAAGGGGAUCCUCAAGAAAGGCAUGUGCUACGGGGAUGACGCCUGCUUUGUGGCCCGGCACCGCACGGCAGAUGUGCUCGGAGUAGCAGAUGGUGUCGGUGGCUGGAGGGACUAUGGGGUUGACCCUUCUCAGUUCUCAGGGACUCUAAUGCGAACAUGUGAACGUUUAGUAAAAGAAGGACGGUUCGUACCAAGCAAUCCUGUUGGGAUUCUCACUGCAGGUUACUGUGAGCUGCUGCAGAACAAAGUACCUUUGCUUGGAAGCAGCACAGCUUGCAUAGUAGUUUUGGACAGAACAAGUCAUCGUUUACAUACAGCCAACUUGGGAGAUUCUGGAUUUUUGGUAGUCAGAGGAGGAGAAGUAGUACAUCGAUCUGAUGAACAGCAGCAUUACUUCAACACUCCGUUCCAACUGUCGAUAGCUCCACCAGAAGCAGAAGGAGUUGUCUUAAGUGACAGCCCCGAUGCUGCAGAUAGUACUUCUUUUGAUGUCCAACUUGGAGACAUUAUUUUGACUGCAACAGACGGAUUGUUUGACAACAUGCCUGACUACAUGAUUCUGCAGGAGUUGAAAAAGCUGAAGAACUCCAACUAUGAGAGCAUACAGCAGACUGCAAGAAGUAUUGCUGAGCAAGCUCACGAGCUGGCGUAUGAUCCCACUUACAUGUCACCCUUUGCACAGUUUGCAUGUGACAAUGGCUUGAACGUGAGAGGGGGGAAACCAGAUGACAUCACCGUCCUUCUUUCUAUCGUAGCUGAGUACACAGACUGACGUGCCCGCAGUGCCAGCUGCCCGUGUUUCCAUUAUCCCCGAGCUCCCAGCUUCACACGUGUGGUUUCCUGCUGGCAGGAUGGCUUUCUUCCUUUGCAGCUGAUCUCAGCAGCCGGUUUGUGAGCUCGUUGCCUGUCCUGACACAACUGAAGUCCUUGUUAAGAACCACUCGUAGUGCACUGGUCUCUGUCUGCCAGCAAGAAGUGAAGAAGCAGCUCAAGGCUUGAAGCAUGUCUUACAGAGCUUAGCAAUUGUCCAUAACAGGGGGAGGAUCGAUCCCACGUUGUUACUGCGUUUGAAAUGGUGACUUACUGUCAGAUGAAUAGAAUUGGUUUAUCAUCUUUCAGACUAGAUUCAAUAGCUAAAACCUCUACGGGAGGGCAUAUUAUUCUAUCUGCUAGAAACAUUCACUGUUUGUUAAAGGGUAUGUUACAGAACACAGUUCCAUAAGCGUAGUCUUGUUGCAGUGAUAGCUGAGGUUUCAUGUUUCUAAGCUCCGGUUUUCAGGAGGUUUAUAACUGCUGUAAACAUUCUGCUCUUGCCAUACACGGUGUCAGCCUAGGAGCCUUUUCUAGCGCAGAGUUUCAGAAACAUACUUUAGGUCAAGUUAUAUGGAUGCAAAUGUGUUUCGUGAUUUCAGGUGCUUAACUGUGAUCUUAAAAACGUUCUGCAGAUCAUUCGUCCAUAUUGGGGCUGGUAUCUGGAUGUUUUGGCUGUGGAUAACUAUCUUUUUUUUAAACAAAAACUACAACUCUGUCUAAAAAUAAUAGCUGAGGUGGUCGAAGCUGAGGUCCUCCAAAGCAUUUUAACCCAUCUGACCAGCACAGGGCGAUACAGCGUAAGUGCUGCAGCGGGAGGCUGCGCAGAGAUCAGCCUCAGCUCCGCGCAUGGUUAAUUUUGGUACAUAAAUCUUUUAACGUAACGUAACUCGUAUGAAUGUUGCCAUUCUUGCUUGUGUAGAACAGCACGUGCUGCACCAAGUGAAGUCCAGACGAUCCUCGUUUUCUCUGGCUCCCACACUCGCACCUCUUUGCUUACGCUGUGGCAGCAGCAGUAAGUACAGAUGGAAACCAUCGGUGGGUAAUGAGCAAAGCCUAACAUUUCAGAAACUCAAGUUUAGGGUUUUCAGAACGAACCUCGAUGAUGUUUACAGUUAUCUAACAGCCACUUUGCAAUAUUACAUUUCCUUUGGAAUCACAGCAGCUCACAGCAGUUCCCCUCCCCACCCCCCCUUGUUUCCAGCAAGCUUUCCUUUCUAUUCCGAGGUUCAUACAAAUAGCUGAUAGCUGUAAAGAUAUAUAUAUUUUUGGUCAGUUUUUCAUUAACUUUUUUGCUGGUAGAAGAGUAUGUAGAAAUAAAUUAAAGCCAUGUUUUUAUAUAUAAAAAGUCGGGUAAUGUUGAUGUCUAGGUGAGUGCAGUUAAACUCGGUCGGUAAGCAAUCUUACCUGCUCUCAGGAGGAGAUCUUUACUACCUGGUUUAUUGCAUUAAAACUGUUUAAGUUUGAGGUUACCUCAACUUGUUUAAAGAAUUUUUGUGGACUUGUACUGUAUAUUUGCGUAACUAUGUCAAGCUUUUAUUUAAGAUCAUUUAACAUGUACCAUGUACAUGUCAUUUUACUCUAUUUCAAUGCAUCGUGCUUGUAACAGGCAUUUCAUUUAUAAGGAGUGAUUAAUUUGGAAGCUCUUCGGUAAUUUAUCUGCUAUUCCUCAAUUGGCGUAAUGUUACGUAUCUAUUUUGAAUCACCUUGCAACUACUUGUCAAAAUGCCUUAACCACCCUAAACUUGACCAAAAUCGUAUUUUGGUGAGGGUCUGGGGAGGAUUACGUUAACGAAGAGGAGUUAAUGAGCGAUACGUGGAGCGGUGGGUGACUUUGCACAAGUUGUCAGUCUUUGCUUUGGAGUUGAACAAGCUGUUCUCCCGUCUCGUUAGAAGGAAUGUAUCCAUGCUGCAGUACAGGGCUUUGUUUCUCCUGUUUGGGAGGGUCGUUUCCCUCUCAAAUCUGGGUAUCUUCACGUUUUAUUCUUCAGUAUUGACUGUCGUGUUUCUUCAUUGGAGCUGAUUUGAUCAACUAUUUCCCUUGAACUUACCUUAAAACGAUGCCCUUGUAGACCCGGACUGUUUUGCACUCUGACUCCUCGCUCUCACCACACUCAUUUCCAGCCUUCAUUUGUUGUUUUUUUCCCCCCCCUCCACUUGUUAGAGCUAUAAAUUGAGAUCAGACAGAUGAGUGCAGCAGAGCUGUGUGAGGUGUUGCAUGCGCUGUGCUCUGCCUCUGCUGGUCCCGGGCCUGGAAUCCUCCAUGGGAGAGAUUCGGCCGCCUCCCCAGGAGCGAACUGUGCUGCUUGCUGGGUUGGAGCCUCUGCCUUUGCUGUUGGUGUUGAAGCAGUUUGUAGCUGAGCGCUGUCUGUAGAGCCAUCUGCCAUCUGCCUCACAUCACAUCACCCGGUUGGGUUUUUUUCUUUUUUUUUCCUUUUUAAAUAAAGAACAAAAUUGGAUUUUAAUGUACAAUUCAUGAGUUUAUCCCUCACUGGACACACCAAAGACCAGUAAAGCUGAUAGCUUUUCCAUCUGUUUAUAAAGCAAUACUGUAUUAUAAAGAACCGAUAUUUUUA